AUGAAAUUAUUACUAAUCUGCCUCUUUAUCAGUACCCAAAUUUUUGGGUUUUAUAGUGUAUCUGUUACACCAUUAGCAUUAACAUUAACUAAUAUUAUAGAGAGGCCCGUCGUAAUAUCUAGGGUUUCCCCCGCUCUACCUUCACCCUUGUUGCUUCACUCAGCUGCUCAUCGCCAAAUCGGUCACGACUUUCAAAGUGCUGCUCCUUCCGGUCGAGUAUCUGCACUUGUAGUUGGAUGAGCUACGCCACCCAGCAGUACGUCAACAGAGGCUGCCCAUUCGAAAAUUUGAAAAACAAAUUUUCUGGUAGGACUGUCGGCUAAGAUGGAAAUCCAAAGCCUGGACGUAACGCCCAGUUUCACGCUAGGGAGUUGCCCGACUGAUCAGGAGGUACCUUCCUGAUGCUGCUGAGCAUCCCCUUUCCAACCUUGGAAGCCAUUCCCCUGAGGCAAAACCCUUGGUGUCAGAAAGAGCUGCGGUCGGCCUAAUCCGACGUUGCGCUCCACUGUGCCAAGGUAAAACCUAGCUGGAUACACGUUCCGAGCGCCUUUCUCCCUUACACAAGGUCCCCCGCGAACGCAGGCUACAGGUGUAGAGAAAAAAGGUCCGGAUCGCCGUCGCCAUUUUAAUGUAUGUAUCUGUUACACACCAAGCUCAAGAGCAAUUAACGCUAAAAACAAUUAUCAAGUACAAUUAUUAUUAACAAGCUCUUUGUCAAAUGUCCCUUCAGGAUUUACAUGUGUAAUGGUAUUGCCUAGUGCUUUUUCUAUUGUGGAUUCGGUAGGAUCUAACCCUUCUUCAUGCAUUUUACAAGAUAUGCUUGGGGUAAACGCAAAUACUUAUUUAACAACUGCUUAUAGCUCUUCUAACCCUCAGCCUGGACAAUGUGGGGUUUCUGCGACAAAUACUUAUACAUUUAUAACUCCAUCUCAGCAGUCUUCAGGACUUAAAUUUACAAUUGGGCAGAUAAAAAAUCCAUUAGCAUCUUUAACUCAGACUAAUACUGGAUCUAUCCAAUUUACAGGCUACAAUCCAGGAAGUUCAACAGCAAGCUAUUCAAUUACUUAUUCAUUUUCAAAUUAUUAUUUUACAGCUGGAAGCUUGACUUUGUCAUCAUUUUCCCAAUCAGUCUCAACAGUUGGGUCAUGGGCGAAUUUUAUAUUUGUAUUUACAGCUAAUGACAGUAUUCCAAAAAAUGGGAAAAUUCAAUUUAUAAUAUAUUCAUUUUUUUUCAUAAUAAGAAAGUGAAUUAUGCUUUAGAGACAUAAAAUUUCAUCAUAUAUCGGCUUAUAAAUAUCAUCAGUACUAUACUUUUUCAUCUGAUUUUGGGCUUGCUGAUGUAUCAAGCACAGUAGUAAGCGGAUAUGUAAACUCAAAUUCUGCGACUACAUUGACUCCAGCUAUAUCAGGAAUGGUUUUAAGUGCAUCUGGGCUGUUUACUUCUGCUUUAACAGUGACAGCUGGAGUUACUAAAUUUACUAUAGAAAUUGACCAAGUAAGAAAUUUACGAUAUGUCGGGACUGCUUCUAUUGUAAUUGCUACAACGACCAGUAGUGCUGAAAUUAUAGACAAAGUGACGACCUAUCAAGGCCCCACAGACCCUUGUACGCUUCCUUUGAAUCUGCUAUAUCCGUCUGUGUCUACUGUGCUCUUGUCAACUACUAUAGUAUUGUUUUUUACUGAUUCUAUUUAUGAUGAUACUCUGGAUAAUUCUUUUUCUAUUGAAGUAGACUUUCCUUCAACUUUUACGGUACCAAGCUCAAUAGAAUGUAACCCACUGAUCGGGAUUAGCGAUACUUCGAUGAGCUGCUCACUUCACCUCUCAAUGAAUGACCAAAGAUAUUUUUGCUCGCUCGUGUAUGGUUAUUUUUUAUCUAAAUACAUUGUUUCUAUAAAAAUUUAUAUUAAUUUAUUUUUCGAAGUUAUUAGUAAGCAUGGAAUUUAAAGCUUUAUUUAAAAAUUUAUAUUUUAGGACGCAUGAUGUUAAAAAUUCAACAGAAUCUAGAUAUAUCUUUAUAAUUAUCAUAAACAAAAAAUAUUUUUACAUUAUAAAAUUUGCUAGUUCACAGUUUUUUCUCCAAAAAAUGUUUUCAAUGAUUUUUCUCUUUUAUGAAAGGGGGAAAUCAGUUAAUUCUAACAGUGUUUCAACAACGUCAACAAUUACUGCUUUUCAGACUACUGUAGGAUUUAAUUUAAAGUUUCCUGUUAAUCCUCCGAACACGAAAACUACUGAUUAUUUCCAAAUAUCGACAUAUUCUAUUUAAUAUAAACUUCUAUAUUUGGCACUUUUUACAGAAAAUUAAUUGCUUAUGCAAAUCAGUAUACAGAAGCACAGGAGAGCUUAUAUGCCAAAACACUCAAUUUUCUACAUACACAGCUACUGUUAAUGCUAUCACUGUUUCUACUAGUUCUAGAGGUAGCAAUCUAGUCGGCGAGCCCUGCAUCUACACCCUUACCUUUAAAACUUCUACCCAAAUCCCAUCAGGUGGGAAAAUAAAAAUAGUCCUCCCAAUGGACCAAGUAGUCGAAAACACAGGGAUUGUCUGCUAUCCUCUUGUAAACUCGGUCAAAUCCUCCACAAAUCAAUGCACAAAAUCAUCUUAGUCUUAAUUAGCAGGUCACCAUAUUGGUUACGCAGUCACCAAGGUCCUUUCAUUAGGCUCAUCGGUUUUGUAGCAGCCUCUAUCAACUACCUUUUGGUUGUUAGGCAAAUUAUUGCUCGUCCUUCAGCCCCUUGGAUAGCUAAAACAUACGCCUUUUCCUUUAACCUCAUCACUAGCAUUGAGUUGGAAGACUAUAGACUUCUGCAGCCUUACUUUGGGUUAUUGAGAAGUAGCUUGAUCUAACAAGGAAACUAUUUGCCGAAGUGCCUUGACAAGAAAAAGACUCAGCUCCUAAGUUCCAGGCUCUAACCUCUGGUUUCAUGGUAUAGAAUUACUAAGGUCCCAAUAAAGAAGCUUACAUUUCCCAUUUCCAACCACAGGAGCGAACCAAACUUACCUGAAAUGCAAAAAAUAGGUUUUUGACUAGUUUGUCGUCAAAUCUGCCUUAACCAUUGAGAAAAUUGUGCAAGAGGUCGGAAACACCUAUUUCACCAUUUUAUAUAUAUGCAAAUAUCAUCAACCUCCUCCACCUAUGUCCUCACCUUAACAGAAUGAUGCUCAGCGUACGAUUCCUCCUGCAAUUCCUGUUGCAGUGCUUCUACUACUCUAAUAGUUUACAUCCAAGGCGUCCAAAACCCUUUUUUCUACAACCCAAGCGUAUCCUCCAGUGUCGAAAUUUAUACAGCGAAUUCUGAUUUUUCUGGAUAUAUAGACCAAAUUACAUCAGGAGUCCAAUUUACGCCAAGCUUAAUAGCGAGGACAAUUACAGACGCAGCUGUUAUAAGGACUACUGACACUGUAGGGCUUUAUAGCACUUUUCAGCUUACUUAUACACCUACAGUAAAUUAUGUAGCAAAUGCGGUCAUUGUGCUUAGUUUUCCUAGUGAUGUGGUAUAUUUUGCAGAUGACAGUGUAGCUCCUCAGUGCUCAAAUACAGGGACGGCAUAUGGGAACACUAAUACACCUAGCUGCACUUAUACGAAAAACGGGGAUGGGUCAUACGCGACGAUUAGUAUCAGUGGGAUGUGCCCUUCUGGCUGCACUUCAGGGCAAAAAUUAGCUAUUUCUAUGGGACAUUUGCAGAACCCUAAUACUGUGGCACCUUUAAAUACUGGGUAUAGCGCCAGUGUAUAUACCAGCAGCAGCUAUAUAAUAGAGCACGGUACUGCUGAUUCAUCAGGGGUAAAUUCCUUAAUUACUAAUGCAAUUACAAGCAUCACUGCCACGAGGUCUACCAAUAACAUUAAAUCAAGCUAUACCAUGACAAUUUCUUUUGUACACUCUACUUAUUUAUCGACGACAGGAAAAAUUGAUAUUUCGCUUCCUAUAAGCAUGGUGACUAUAAAAUCUAGCUUAGCCGUCUAUAGAAAAAGUGACAGCUCUUCAGUCUCUUUUACGUCGACAACCGAUUCAUCCACUAGCAGUGUGACUCAUAUUACUAUUACUAAUUAUUGCAAUACAGCUUGUGCUAAAGCAGGGACUAUACAGAUUUUAUUAGGAGGCAUUAAAAAUUUGAAUUAUGUACAGACGAUAACUGGGACAAUGAGCAUUACGACCUCAGAUAAUAGCUAUAAUAGUGACACUGGGACAGUUAGUGACGUUUCUACUAUAUUAAGCCCACUGGUACCGGGGAGUUUGAGUAAUAUUGAAAUACAUCCUAUGGAUCCGACGGUUUCUGUAAGUACAACUUAUAGGAUUAUUUUUACGACUGGAAGCGAUGUGCCAAGCUGGUCAAGCACAGGUAGCAACCCUACACCCCCCACCCCCCCACCCCCACCCCCCUAAAAAAUGGCACCCCCACCCCCCCUUUCACAGAUGGCACCCCCACCCCCCAACCCCCCCCUAAAAGUGGUACCCCCACCCCCCCCUUUUUUAAUGGUACCCUCCACCCCCCCACCCCCCUAAAAAAUGGCACCCCCAACCCCUUUUCACAGAUGGCACCCCCCACCCCCAUCCCCCUUAAUAUAGCAUAAAAUAUAUGACAAAUGCCAAUUUAGAGCAGACGUAAUAAAUAAAUUAUUAUUUUAAAUAUUCAAAAUUACUGAUUUAUACAAUAUCCACAUAGCGUAGCACAAUCGAUUAAGAGUAGAUGGAAUGGGGUGAGAAUUUCCUAUAACUAGUAAGCUCACCAAAUCUGAAAAAAUUUGUUAGCAAGUUAAUAAUGAUCUUUGGUAUUAAUUAGCAAUAUAUCCUGCAUAUAUUUAUGAACUUUGUGGAGCACUGGCUAAAAGUCAAAUUAGAGAUCCAAAAGUAAAACUGACAAUAGCAAAUGCUAUUUUUAUUACCACUAUGAAUCCUGUUACCAAUUCAGUCCUGCAAUCUUUGUACAAUGGUAAUCAGAUUAGCAAAAAUUUAUGAAUCCAUAAAUUUAAUGCAAGUUAUUCUAUUGUGCUAAUUUAAUAAUUAAUGCCAUUAUCUAUAUCUUUGGCAUUAUAUUUAUAAAUAUAAAAAACAAAUUUAAUAUAUUUUCUAAUUAAUUGCUAAUUAAUUUAAAUUUAUUAAUUAAUCAUAAAUAUAAAGUAAUUUGUGGACUUAAUUUAAAAAUAUAGUGUUUUAAUUGGGUUAUGUUUAAUUUAUUCUGCUUAUUUCCUAUCAAAUACUUCUAUAGGAUAAACCCGAGAGGAGGGGGUGGGCGUGCCAUCUGUCAAAGGGGGGGUGGGGUACCAUUUUUAGGGGGGGGUGGGGGUGUCUGGUUGCGACCUAUGCUUGACCAGCCAAGCUUAGCUUAUUUUACAGUCACUUUUCCGACCGGAAUUUCUUUAUCGAUAAGCUCAUGUACUGCUUAUAUAAAUUUAGACAGCAACUUGUCCUGUAGUGCUUUAGGUAACAAAUUGACUUUGUCGUCAGGAGUCCCUAGUUCUUUAACGGGGCCAGUCAUGAUAGGUUUCCUUAUGAGUACCAUUACAAAUGGACCAUCUGCAACCUCUUAUGGGACCUUUACAAUAUCUAGCUGAGAUCCUGCAGGAUUUGUAAUCGACACCGACUCUACCGCUACUGUCACCUUUUACUCUGCUUUAUCUUCUUCAAGCUGCUCUUCAAACUGCAACCAUUGUUCAGGGACCUCCAGCAACUGUGAUAGCUGUGCCAACCCUUCGUCCACCCCAAUAAUCCAAGGCUACACCUGUGUAUCUUCUUGCCCUUCUGGCUAUUAUUUAGUAUCCAGCUCAGAUCUUACCUGUAUUAAAUGCUAUUUUACAUGUGCGACUUGUAAAGGUCCACAGUCCUCUGACUGUUUGUCCUGCGCUUCUACAUAUUUUAUGUCAGAUUCUAGCUGUAUUGAUUCUUGCCCAUCAGGGACUACAAAUAAUAAUGGAGUUUGCACUAAUAAUAGUCCUUGUACUUCUCCCUGCUUGACUUGUAGUACUUCUUUGACAUAUUGUUUGACUUGUGACCAGAGCUCGUCAUAUCCUGUGUUGGAUUCUAGGACAGGGACUUGUGUAGAAGAAGAGACGGCUACUAGUGAUUAUUGUAGUGCGGGAUAUUAUGAAGAUAGCAAUAAGAUUUGCCAAAUUUGUAAUAUCAAUUGUUUAGACUGCUAUUCAGCUGCUAGUUAUUGUAGCUCAUGUCCUAGCAUUUAUGGGAAUAAAUAUUUAAAUUUGCUUACCUAUGUGUGUGUUGCGACUUGUCCUGCGCUUAUAACAGUGCCUGAUUCAAGUGAUUUUAAAUGUUAUCCAUGUGACAGCUCUUGUGCGACUUGUAAUGGGAAAAAUGCUAACAAUUGUUUGACUUGUCCGAGUACAGGGACAAUUUAUUUUACGAGUGACAAUAAAUGCUUGUCAAGCUGCACCCCUCAAUAUAACUUUUAUAAUACGACAUCAGCCAGAUAUGAGUGUAUAAGCACCUGCCCAACUAACCACUAUUAUAUAACUGCAGAUCUAACAAGCUGUUUGCCUUGUGACAGCACAUGUUUAACUUGUAGUGGGCCCGCUAAUAAUAAUUGUUCAAGCUGCGAUAUGACUGGUACUUAUCCUUAUAAAACUCCUGAUAACUAUUGUGUGACUACUUGUCCUUCUAAUUUAUAUAAAAAUACCCUUGGAACAGAAAUGUUAUGUGUCACAGACUGUGGGCCUACUUAUUUAAAUUUCCAGGACUCACAAGGAGUAUUGGUAUGCAUAAGCUCCUGCCCUGUAAAUCAUUAUUAUGUGAAUAGCGGAUACUGUAAGCCAUGUGACAGCACGUGUUUAACCUGCAGCGGAUCAGCUAACAAUAACUGCCUUUCCUGCAAUACAACCAGCACUUAUCCUUACUAUACAGCUGAUAACCAAUGUGUGACUGACUGUCCUUCCACUCUCUAUAAAAACACCCUCAAUUCACAAAUGUUAUGUGUAACCAACUGUGGGCCGACUUAUUUAAAUUUCGAUUUAUCUGUCUCCUCCAAAAUCUGUAUCUCUUCUUGCCCUACUGACCAUUACUAUAUAGAUUCCACUAAUUAUUACUGCAGACCUUGUGACCAAACCUGUUUAACCUGUUCUGGAUCAGCCAAUAAUAACUGUCUCACCUGCAAUACCACCAGCUCCUACCCCUAUUUUACUGUAGACAGCCAAUGUGUCACUGACUGUCCUUCAAAUCUCUAUAAAAAUACAAUAGGGACAAAUAUGCUAUGUGUCAGUAACUGUGGGCCGACUUAUUUAAAUUUUGACGUCUCUGCGACCGCAAAAGAAUGCAUUGUCACUUGUCCAAGCCCUCACUACUAUGUGGAUUCUACUAAUUAUUAUUGUAGACCAUGUGAUUCUACAUGUCUGACGUGCAACAACACAGAUGCUAAUAGCUGCUUAAGCUGCAAUACCUCAAGUAGCUAUCCUUAUUAUACAGCAAAUAACCAAUGCGUGACUGCCUGCCCAUCUACUUUAUAUAAGUAUACUUUUAACUCAAAAAUGCUAUGUGUAACAGACUGUGGGCCAACUUAUUUGAAUUUUGACGUCUCAGCGACUGCAAAAGAGUGUAUUGAUACUUGUCCGACGACACAUUAUUAUGUUGAUAGUGCAAAUUACUAUUGUCGGGCAUGUGAUAGCACGUGUUUGACUUGCAAUGGAUCUUUAAGCUCAAAUUGUACAAGCUGCGAUACAGUUGGGACUUAUCCUUUUCUAACCCCUUAUAAUGAAUGCUUAAGUGACUGUCCUUCUACACUCUAUAAAUAUACCUUUAACUCUCAAAUGCUAUGUGUCCUUAACUGUGGGCCUACAUAUUUAAAUUUUGACGCUUCAGCUACCUCAAAAACAUGUAUUAGUACUUGUCCAUCAACUCAUUAUUAUGGGUCCGUGUAUAUCAUCAAGAAAAAUUUGUCGAAAAUUUUUUAAAUUGUGUACGAUUGGUCAAAAUCUAACGUUUUUUGGUCUCACUAUAAAAAAAUUUCCCUAGGAAAUGCUGUAUCAAAAUUAUACGAUCAUUUAACAUGAUGCCCAUUAUUAUAUAGACAGUACUAAUUACUACUGUAGACCAUGCAAUGAGACCUGCUUGACUUGUAGCGGAUCUAGUGACAGUAGUUGUUUAUCAUGUGACACCAGUAGUACAUACCCAUAUUUUACUGCUUAUAACCAAUGUGUGUCUGACUGUCCAUCCACUUUAUAUAAAUACGAAUUUUCUUCAAAAAUGCUAUGUGUGCUAAAUUGUGGCCCAGACUAUUUAAACUAUGACAGUUCUCCCACAUCAAAAAAAUGUGUAAGCCAAUGCCCUUCUACAUCGUAUUUAGACUCUGCAAAUUACUAUUGUAGACCAUGUGAUAAAACAUGUUUAACCUGUAGCGGAGGGGCAAAUAAUAACUGUUCAACCUGUGACACAGCUGGCCAAUACCCAUAUUUUACGUCAGAUAACCAAUGUGUAACUGACUGCCCUUCAAACCUAUAUAAAUACGAAUUUAAUGCUAAAUGGCUCUGCGUCACAGACUGUGGGCCGACUUAUUUAAAUUUCGACAUAUCCGCUACUUCAAAAAAAUGCAUAAGUACUUGUCCGACACAGCAUUAUUUUGUGGAUACUCCAAAUAACUAUUGUAGACCAUGCGAUGAUACUUGUUUAGCAUGCAAUGGGACUGCUAGUAGCAAUUGUUUAAGCUGCAAUCAGACUAGUAAUUAUCCCUAUUUUACUGCUGAUGAUUACUGUGUGACUGACUGUCCUUCAAAUUUUUAUAAGUAUGAAUUUAAUUCACAAAUGCUAUGUGUGACAAACUGUGGGCCAAGUUAUUAUAAUUAUGAUAGCUCAGCUACAACAAAAGUGUGCUUAAGUAAAUGCCCUGAUGGUACAUAUUUGGAUGCUGCAAAUUAUUACUGUCGGCCAUGUGACAGCUCUUGUGCGACUUGUAAUGGGAAAAAUGCUAACAAUUGUUUGACUUGUCCGAGUGCAGGGACAAUUUAUUUUACGAGUGACAAUAAAUGCUUGUCAAGCUGCACCCCUCAAUAUAACUUUUAUAAUACGACAUCAGUCAGAUAUGAGUGUAUAAGCACCUGCCCAAAUAAGCACUAUUAUAUAACUGCAGAUCUAACAAGCUGUUUGCCUUGUGACAGCACAUGUUUAACUUGUAAUGGAUCCGCUAAUAAUAAUUGUUUAAGUUGCGAUAUGACUGGCACUUAUCCAUAUAAAACUCCUGAUAACUAUUGUGUGAGUAGUUGUCCUUCUAAUUUAUAUAAAAAUACCCUUGGAACAGAAAUGUUAUGUGUCACUGACUGUGGGCCUACUUAUUUAAAUUUCCAGGACUCACAAGGAGUAUUGCAGUGCGUCAGCUCCUGCCCUGUAAAUCAUUAUUAUGUGAAUAGUGGAUACUGUAAGCCAUGUGACAGCACAUGUUUAACCUGCAAUGGGAGUACUAAUAAUAACUGUUUAAGCUGCAACAUGACUAGUACCUACCCUUAUAAAACCCCAGACAGCCAAUGUGUGACUGACUGUCCUUCUACUUUAUAUAAAAAUACCCUUGGGACAGAAAUGCUAUGUGUUACCAAUUGUGGGCCGACUUAUUUAAACUAUGACAGUUCUGCUACUACAAAAGUCUGCAUAACUACAUGUCCAGCUGGGACUUAUAAAGACUCUCCUAAUUAUUAUUGUAGGCCAUGUGAUAUUACUUGCUUAACUUGUAAUGGGUCCACUGCUAAUGACUGUUUAAGCUGCCCUACAACAGGCCCUAUAUAUUUUAAUAGCCAAAACCAAUGUGUUUCUAAUUGUACACCUGAGUAUAAUUUCUAUAAUACAACAUCAGCAAGAUAUGAGUGUAUAAGUGACUGUCCUAUUGAUCAUUAUUAUAUCGACACAGAUUUGUCUAGUUGUUUGCCUUGUCAUAGCUCAUAAUUAAAAUAUGAGUUGAGGAUGUAUGGCCGUGAGGCCAUACCUAGACGAAGACGCCAUAUUUAAUUAUAUCCGGCAAGGUUUUUCUAGCCUUGAAAUGGAGAGCAAUGCUAUGGUAGUCAAUUCUGCAGGUAGCAGAGCCUAGCCCAAGUCCGACUUCGAGACUGGUUUUUACCUCGAAGGAAAGGAGGGUUCAGAUUUGGAAAGGGCAAGCCCAGCAAGGUCUAUAAUUAACCUAAACCAAUCGGGCAACUGCCUAGCGUGAAACUGGGCGUUACGUCCCAGGAUCUGGACUUCACCCUUUUGUCGACAGGCUACCAGAAAUUCGAUUUUUUUGGAAUUUUCGGAAUGCCAACUUCGUAAUCUCUCAGCCUCAGGAGAUCGCACAAGCCCGUAGACUGCCCACUCAACACUGGAGUCUUUUACAAGAGACAAGGAGGAGGCCCGACGAAAGGAGGUCGCAAAGCGGUUGAAUCCCACAAGGGAUCCUCGGUGAUUGCGUUAAAAUUAAGGGACGCGAGCCCGUCUACAUAAUGUAAUGUAAUGCCUUGUCAUAGCUCAUGUUUAACUUGUACUGGAGCUGCUUAUAAUAAUUGCUCAAGUUGCAGUAAAAGUGGCAGUUAUCCUUAUAGAACCCCUGAUAAUCAAUGUGUGGGUACCUGCCCGUCACCUUUAUAUAAAAAUUCUUUGGGGACAGAAAAGUUAUGUGUUGCUGAUUGCAAUCCUACUUAUUUGAAUUUUGAGGACUCCCAUGGACAAAAAGAAUGUAUCAGCACUUGUCCGACUUCCCAUUAUUAUGUUGAUACUGGCUUUUGUAGAGCCUGUGAUGGGACAUGUUUAACGUGUAAUGGGACAGCUUAUGAUAACUGCUUAAGCUGUGAUACAGCUGGGUCAUAUCCUUUUAAGACCCCAGAUAAUCAAUGUGUGGCUAUACAUAAAUACUAUAAUAGCCCAGUUUUCUCUUUUUAUUAAGAGGUUUUAGCUAUUUAAAAUAAUUGAGUAUAACUGCCCUUCAACUUUGUAUCAAAAUACUUUUAAUUCAAAAAAGCUAUGUGUCGCUGACUGUAGGCCAACUUAUAUAAAUUUCGAAGAUUCAUAUGGUUUUAAAGAAUGCAUCAGUGCUUGUCCAAGUGAAUAUUACUAUCUGAGUAACGGCUUCUGCAAGCCCUGCUAUAAAACCUGCUUAACUUGCAGCGGCUCCUCUUACACUAACUGUUUAACUUGCAAUGUCUCUGAAUCUUACCCUUACUUUACCCCCACAAAUGAAUGUGUUUCUAAGUGUCCGUCUUCCUUAUACGCUAACUCCUUAGACCCUGUUUGACUUUGUACAACUGACUGUCGGCCUAUCUAUAUAAAUUUUGAAACCUCCCCCAAAGUAUGCUCAACCUCUUGUCCUGAGACUCAUUAUUAUACAGACAAUGGCUAUUGUGAAUCCUGCAAUGAAACUUGUUUAUCAUGUAGCGGAUCCAAUGACACUCAAUGUACAUCCUGCAAUUUAACUAGUGAAUACCUCUAUUUUACAGCAUUUAACCAAUGUGUAGCUGACUGUCCUUCGACGUUAUUUAAAUAUGAAUUUAAUUCAGAAAUGAAAUGUGUAGUCAACUGUGGUCCUGAGUAUAUAAAUUAUAACAGUUCUCUUACGUCAAAAAAGUGCAUUAGUUCUUGUCCUUCUGGAUAUCAUGUAGAUUUAGCUACUUAUUAUUGUGUGUCCUCUGAGGUUACACAUGAAAUGGUAUAUGCUGUGUAUGGCCUAAUUGGAGAAUGCUUUAUAGGGAUUUCGCUUAUAUUUGCAGCAAGACUGAAAAAGCCUGAUGUUUAUUCUACCAAAGCAAAUAUUUUAUCAAUAUUAAGUAUUGUUGAAGCUACUGAAAAAAUUUCGCUUUUUGUUUACCUUUGGAUAGAAAAUGGGCCACAGGCCGGACUUUUUGUGUCAGUUAGUUCUGCAUUUAUAGGAGGGUCAAUUGCGGUAAGCAUGAUGUUUUUGACGCUACAUUUUGACCCAUUGGUAGAAAGCAGCGCUACGUUGACUGAUUUAUCAAAAUCUAAUAAAAUUUCGUUUUUCCUUGUUAGGAACUUAACAAUGCCAUUUGGGAUACAUUUUAUUAGGAUUUUAUAUAGUGGAUUUUUUGGAUUUUCUGUUACAACGGUACCAAAAUCGAUUGGAAGUGUAAAUGCGUUUAGGUAUCCUUUGGAAAAAUUAAGCAUGAUAAAUUUUAUGAUCAUUAGUGUGCCGAGACUUAUAGAGUAUGUAGGAAUUUUGGCACUUUACAGCAUACAGACAAAUUCAUGGCAGAUUGCAUUAUUUGGGGCUUGCUUAAAUUUGUAUAUUUCAGUAUAUUUUAUAGUGGAUUGGUGGAGGAGUCCUUGGAGAAGCUAA